CACGGUGAGGCGACUGGCCCGGCGCCCUGCAAACCUGCCCGCCCUGCGCUCACCCGCUUGGGCCGGCUCCCGCGUGCCCCGCCAGCCGCCACAGACGCUCUGGGCGCCGCCACCGACGCCUCAGCAUCACAACAUUCUGUUUUUAGACUUCGACAUGGGGCCCUCCAAGAAGGUUACUCUCUCCGUGCUCAGCCGGGAGCAGUCGGAAGGGGUUGGCGCGAGGGUCCGCAGAAGCAUUGGCAGACCUGAGUUAAAAAAUCUGGAUCCGUUUUUACUGUUUGAUGAAUUUAAAGGAGGUAGACCAGGCGGAUUUCCUGAUCACCCACAUCGAGGUUUUGAAACAGUAUCUUACCUCCUGGAAGGGGGCAGCAUGGCGCAUGAAGACUUCUGUGGACACGUUGGUAAAAUGAACCCAGGAGACCUGCAGUGGAUGACUGCAGGCCGGGGCAUCCUGCACGCUGAAAUGCCUUGCUCAGAGGAACCAGCCCAUGGCCUACAACUGUGGGUUAAUUUGAGGAGCUCAGAGAAGAUGGUGGAACCUCAGUACCAGGAACUGAAAAAUGAAGAGAUCCCUAAACCCAGUAAAGAUGGUGUGACAAUUGCUGUCAUUUCUGGAGAAGCCAUGGGAAUAAAGUCCAAGGUUUACACUCGCACACCAACCUUAUAUUUGGACUUCAAAUUGGAUCCAGGAGCAAAACAUUCCCAGCCUAUUCCUAAAGGGUGGACAAGCUUCAUUUAUACCAUAUCCGGAGAUGUUUAUAUUGGGCCUGAUGAUGCACAACAGAAAAUAGAACCUCAUCACACAGCAGUGCUCGGGGAAGGUGACAGUGUUCAGGUGGAGAACAAGGAUCCCAAGAGAAGCCAUUUUGUCUUAAUUGCUGGGGAGCCAUUAAGAGAACCAGUUGUCCAACAUGGUCCAUUUGUGAUGAACACCAAUGAAGAGAUUUCUCAGGCCAUUCUUGAUUUCAGAAAUGCAAAAAAUGGGUUUGAAAGAGCCAAAACCUGGAAAUCAAAGAUUGGAAACUAAUGAAGAGCACAAGAGCAGAUCUCCACGCUUCCUAGAAUUUUGCCAUUUGUGGCAUCCAACCAUUUGAGGCAUUCAGUUUCCAAAGCUGACUUAGCCUGGUGCUUCUAAAGAAUUCCACACUAACAGUGAUAACAUGGUUUUUAUAACAAUGCACGUAAGAUAUUUCUGGCACAUGCAAAUAAACCUAAUCAUUGCUUCU